AUGUCCUCUCCAAUUUUGCACAUUGUGAAACCAAAUGUGGCAACGCCGAGCACUUCUGCUCCAGUGGGGCCAGUCAAGGUGCUGAUCCAGGCUCCAGCUUUGAUGCAGCUCAUUGACGCCGUGUAUAUGGACAACGAAGAAGACCUCACGAAAAGCAGAACUAUUGGCACUUUGCUUGGAACCCGUUCCGAUGACGGAUCUGAACUGGAGGUCAAAGAGUGCUAUAUUGUGCCCCACAAGGAGGAAGCUGAGGAGCUCACAAUUGAAGAAAGCCACCACAUUUCCACAUACCAGCUCUUGAAAAGAGUGAAUCCAGAACUGCUAAUUGUCGGCUGGUUCUCCACCAACCCCGUGCUUGACUCAUUCACCGGUCUCUUCCAAGAGUUCUACUCCAAGGGAUCUUGUUUCCCCCAUCAGCCAAUCCAUCUGACUCUGCAAACCAAAGACGAUAACGGAGACAUCAUCUCGCCAAUCCUGAAAACAUACAUCUCGUCCCCAGUCGGAGUGCCUGCAAACUCCAACCUGGCUAACCAAAUUGGAAUUGACAAGAUUGGCUCUUUUGCAUUCACUCCUGUCCCGAAUGAAGUUAUCUACUCUAAGACUGAGCUCACUACGCUGAAAUAUCUUAAUAAAGGUGUCCAAACCGAGUCCAGAGCAGUGGAUCUUCUGGGUCAAGAUGAACUCAAACAAAUUUCCGGAUCCGUCGCAAAUGUUGCCAGCUUGCUCGACACGCUCCAGGCGUAUGUUCAAAAGGUCAUCAAGGGCGAGAUCGAGGGAGACUCGAACGUGGGAAAGAGACUUCUGGAAACUCUCAACACACAGCCAAGCUCCAUCGACCCUGACCAAUUGCACACCAUGUUACAGAACCAUGCCGACGACGCCUCGCUCGUCGAAUACCUCGCUUCGUGCGUUAAGCAGCAACUCGAUCUCAGUGCCAAAUUGACCAACUUUAUGACUCCAGAAGAGAGCGCAAAAUAGCUAUGUAAAAAUCAAAUUUAGUAUCCAUCCUUUAUAAAUGCCGUACCAUAAAUAAUAAAUGCAGGUCAGCUUCCAAACAGGAAACGGAGGUCAUCGUUGUGUCCGAUGUCGACCAGCAGCUCCUCCACGUCGUUAAGAAUUUCCUCGCUGAAAAGCCCGCCUUUGGUUGGCCGCAGACCCUCUGCUUGAGUUUCGGCCGUGCUCUGUCUUCUUCCCUUAGACAGCUUGUGCAAUCGCUUCGAGGCCUUGCGCAGCGACUUGGCCGUGUUGGCAGGGAUCAUCAGCUCGCCCCCGAACGAGCCACGGGCUCGUUUUUUUCUCUUUUUCUCCAAGGCUGCCACCGUGGCUCGCAUCUUCUUACGUCUGUGGUCUCCAAAACUGUACUUGCGCGUCGCAUCCGAAUGGGGCUGGUAAUACGUGUUGUUGACGACACCCUUGUUCCUAAAAGCUGAUAGCGGAAUACGUCUCUCGUGGAAAAGAUCCCAGUCCACAGACGUGGUUUGCUCCUGCUCUUCGUCCUCGAACUCGCUAAUAUUAAGCAGCUCGUCCAGCGCAAUAGGCGGUGCGCUCGGCUGUGUCUGCGUGCGUUGGCGUUGGCGAUGGCCCACACUCAAGCGAGUGCCCUUCACCACCGAUGUUCGGUUGUCCUGGCCAGGAUACAAGAAUCGCGUCGAGAUGCCGUCAAUAAUGCCGAACGGCUUGCGGGUUUUAGAAAUGAUAAAAGUUCCAAGAACAGGCGCUCUGAAAUUGUUCUUGGACGACGAGAGCACCUCUUUGGCGCUUUUGCUGCCAAUCUUGCGCGUGGAGCGCACUGGGAGUGAGGUGUCUUCGUCCGUCUCGUCGCCGUCUUUUUCACCGGCCUCCUCCUCAGCACUCGAAUUAUCGUGCUCAUCUUCCUUCUCAGAGGCACUGCUGUCCGAAGAGAAGAAAUAUUGUAGUAACUGGUUCUCACUGUCACUGUCGUCCUCGUCAGACACAAUCGCAUUCAUCGGAACCACGCUCUGUCCGCGUCUGCUAGAGUAGUGGUCGUAGUCGCUUGUAAAAAUGUCGUCGAACGCAGACACAUCGAUAUCCGCCAUGUCGUCCUCGUCUUCGUCGUCCUCGUCACUGUCCUCCGGAGCAGGGAGAUAUUUGACCUUAUCGGGCUUCAUCUCUUUGACCCUCACAUGGCCUUCAUCCUGGUCCUCCUCGGUACCGUUGGUAUUAUCCUCAACGAUAGACGACCGAGACGUUGCUGCGGACGAUGAAUAAUCAUUCACGUCGUUUACAUCGUUCACCAAAGCUUCAGUCUCCUCUUUAAGCAGAUAAUUGUCCUCUUUAAAAUAAGGAUCGUCUUCGGGCAGCAAAAAAUCGUAGUCGUCGUCGCUAUUCCCGAAUGCGAGCAGCUCAAGAUCAUCGUUGUCGUUCUGGAGCGCCUGAAUGAGAUCGUUAUUGUCAAACUCGUAGUCUGCUUCUGAGUCGAUCUCCUGGUCGUCGAACUUUGGCACUUCCAGACUCACUGUCUCAUCGAUAAUUGUGGCGUCGUGAAACGUGCCAAUGUCCACUUCCUCUCCCAAAUCUUCCUCUGUGAUCAUUUUGGCAUAGUUCACCGGCUCGUGGUCAAGCUGGAUAUCUGCCACCGUGUCCAGGUGAUUGAAUUUGCGCUCCUCGUCUUCCAACACCUGGUCCACAAUGUCGUCGUCCAGCUCCUCGUCCUCGUCGGCCUCCACAGCCUGCUCAGCACCUUUCUGAAAAGCUUCAGAUUUCGCAGCCUUUUUGGAAACCUUCUUACUGCUUUUGCGCGGACUCUUGCGACGAGUAGCAGCCUUCAUCGCCCUGGCUCUCUCCUUGGUCAGUUGCACGAAAUCGACGUUGUCAUCGUCAGAAGAGCUCGACUCGUCUUCGCUCUCAGAACUGCUAGAUAUUAUCUCGUCCACUUGCCUGCGUGCGGAGCUCAUCCGGUAAUCUCCCUCCGUUGCACUGCUACCCGAAUCAGAGUCGUCUGACUCCUCGCUGGAUUCCGACUCUUCUGAGUCCGAAACAAUGCUAAAUCGUCUGCUGGACCGUGAAUUCGAACCCUCGGAGGGAUGGGGCAGGUGUCUGGGGACCUGCGGUACCCUCUUAGAGGUCACUUGUUUUCUGCCUUUAGCCAUGAUAGACUAUGGUAUGUUUCGCUCUUAUCGGGGAUUUUUAAAACGGUAAGUAUUUUGUAGCUCUGAUACG